UGGGUUUUUGAAAUCCAUUGAACCGCUCUUGUUCUCUCCUCAUCUUUGCAAACACCGACAACACAGCCAUCGUCCGGUGACUCUACUCGACGGAACCACCACAACUGCAGAUCCACCGCCACCUUCUCCGUUCACGGUUCCUUCCUCUGCUUCCAGCCAACUUCUCCUCCUCUACCUAUAUCAAUCAGAAACAUGCCUAAGGUGAAGACAAAUCGCGUCAAGUACCCGGAGGGUUGGGAACUCAUAGAACCUACACUUCGUGAAUUACAGGGAAAGAUGAGAGAAGCUGAGAAUGAUCCACAUGAUGGGAAGAGAAAAUGUGAGACCAUGUGGCCUAUCUUCAAAAUUGCACACCAGAAAAGUCGUUACAUCUUCGAUCUUUACCAUCGUAGGAAAGAGAUUUCCAGUGAACUGUAUGAGUUUUGCUUGGAUCAAGGGUAUGCCGAUCGUAAUAUCAUUGCCAAAUGGAAGAAGCCUGGGUAUGAACGACUGUGCUGUUUACGUUGCAUUCAACCACGUGAUCACAACUUCCAGACAACGUGUGUUUGUAGAGUGCCCAAGCACCUGAGGGAGGAAAAGGUAAUCGAGUGUGUGCAUUGCGGUUGCAAGGGCUGCGCAAGUGGAGAUUGAUUACUUAACAUCGUUCUAAAUGGAAUAUCUAUCUAUCUAUUAGGUAAAUCCUAACGCCCUUGCGUUUAUUAUUCGCAAACCUCGAGUCGAGAACUGUUAACCCUGUAUUUUGUAGGUAAACUAUCUGGUUUAAAAUGAUCAUGUCAUGUACUUUUCAAUUAGAUGGAAAACAAUUUAUGCCUUUUUGUUACUGCACCUUUUGUU